GCUGAGGCGCUCUGUCAGUCUGCAUCUGGAGUUCAUUGAGAGUGAUUGUGUCGAGACACCCAGAGAUUCUUGUAUUUAUUAUUCCCACAGCGUCUCUUGUGGUUCUUUCCGUUCCUCCUUUGCUGUUUCUGUACAUAAAAGUGCUCUCCAGACAGUAACAAUGGCUUCUAAUCGUGCUACAAAGUCCGGAUUCGCCGCUGAGGCUCAGAGGAAGAUCAACUCCAAGUACAGCGACGAGCUGGCGGCGGAGUGUCUCGAGUGGGUGAAGGAGAUCACGGGGGAGCCGAUCAGCACCUCUGGCGACAUGGAGAACUUCUUCGAGGUACUCAAGGAUGGCGUGCUGUUGUGCAAGCUGGCCAACUGCCUGCAGCCGGGCAGCGUGAAGAAGGUGAACGAGAGCAAGAUGGCUUUCAAGUGCAUGGAGAACAUCACCAGCUUCCUGGAGGUGGCCAAGAACAUGGGCGUUCCGGCACAGGAGACGUUCCAGAGUGUGGAUCUGUGGGAGCGACAGAACCUCAAUUCCGUCGUCAUCUGUCUGCAGAGCCUGGGCAGGAAAGCGGACAAAUACGGCAAGCCGUCAAUCGGCCCCAAGGAGGCGGACAAGAAUGUGCGCCACUUCUCCGAGGAGCAGCUCAGAGCCGGCCAGAAUGUCAUCUCGCUGCAGUACGGCUCCAACAAGGGCGCCACCCAGAGUGGAAUCAAUUUCGGCAACACGAGGCACAUGUAAACAUCCCGCCGAUAGCAAUCCUGGCCAUAUUUGCGGCAUUUCUCCCCAUUUCUUCCCGAUUUUUUUUUGUAGAGAACCUGUAAACAUUCCGGAGAGUGUCUUGAAAGUUGAUGAAUUCCGCAUGGUGUUUAGAAAAGUGCAUUAAUCUUCCAAUUCCAGAGUUGUACUUGAUAUUUUAGAGAUGGAUAAAUAGUUAAACUAUUUUUCUAGAGGGAUAUUUACCCAUCUUUUUGACCAGAUCAUCUCCCAAAAAAAUGAUGUAAAACUAUUACUCCAUGAAUAAAGUCUAUUGAACAAUUUA